ACAAAACAUAAACACAUGAAAGCCAGCAGAAACUUGAAUGGAACCAUCAGGCUCCGGUGUGAUAGUGCUUGUCUUUACUGUCUGGUCAUAUUUCUCUUUGUAAAUAUUUCCAGUAAAGCAAAUUUGAUAUCUUACAGGAGGAAAUGCUGCAAGGGCUUCAAGUUUGUAAUGGGCCAGUGCAUUCCUGAAGAUUAUGAUGUGUGUGCUGGCGCCCCCUGUGAGCAGCAGUGCACAGACCAUUUUGGCCGCGUAGUGUGUACUUGUUACUUGGGUUACCGUUAUGACCGUGAACGCCACAGAAACCGGGAGAAGCCCUACUGUCUGGACAUUGAUGAAUGUGCUGACAAAAACAUGAGCGCCUGCUCUCAGAUCUGCAUCAACACCGCGGGAAGCUUUAGGUGUGAGUGUGAGAAAGGCUAUUUCCUAGAAGACGAUGGGAAGACUUGCACCAAAGGGGAGAGAGCAGUUCAUCUCUUUGAGAAAUGUGAUAAUUUAAUGAAUGCUGGAACUUGCUCUGCCACAUGUGAAGACUUCCUCCAGAUCAAGAUGGCUGUGCUGCAGCUUAAGCAGAAGAUGGCCUUGCUGUCGAAUAGUGCUGACGUCCCUGUGCAGAUGAUGAAUGAGAAAAUUAUGACAUCACCUGUAUUUUUACCAGGACCUCCAGGUUCGCCAGGGCCUCCAGGAGAUAUAGGACCAGUCGGCCCUCCAGGAUUGGCGGGGGCCCCUGGUCCACCUGGUCCUAGGGGCUUGAUGGGACCAAUUGGACCAACACCAGACCUGUUCCACAUCAAACGUGGCCCUCGAGGACCUCUGGGCCCCCCAGGAGCACCAGGGAGAGAUGGCCUAAAGGGGGAGAGAGGAGCUCCCGGGCCUGCUGGACCACCAGGACCCCCAGGAUCCUUUGAUUUCCUGCUUCUGCUGAUGGCAGAUAUCCGCAACGACAUCGCUGACUUGCAGAGCAAGGUGUACGGUCGGCCAAUGCACUCUCCGGAAGAGGACAUUCCUUUGGCGCCAGACAGCUGGAGAGACACAGCGGACAGUUUGGAUGCUGGAUCGGGGGAGGAUUAUAAGGAACCUCCGUCUCAAACAGGCCGGUGGUCCAAAAGGAACAAGAAGAGAAAACCAGGGCGAGAGAGAACAAACUGAUCACACUGAUAAUGAUGGGAGGCCUUGAAUGCUGUCAGGUGUAAAUAUUGAAGCGGUCUGCUUUUGUAUUUAAUGGUUUUUAAGAACAUAUUUUAUGCAGUUUUAUUACAGAUGUUUAUUUUUUUAUAAGACUUAAAAUGGUGUUUCUGUCUUUUAACAAAUGUAGGUAGACUUUGGCAGUAUUUAUGUAUUUUAGACUGUAUGUUAUGAGAAACUGAACAAAACAAUAUCUAAGGAUUGACACUCGUCAAAAGAUGCAGAAAAUCCCCACAGUUGCUGCUUUGGACCUUAUUAAAGUAACUUUAAUGUUUUUCAUCCAUAAACCACCAGAAUAAUAAUUUCAGUUAUCAAAGUUGAAGUUUUUGGAAAAGUAGCAGCACUGUUCAUUUACUUGACUGAUAAUCAACGUUAUUUAUGUCCAAAUUAAGAUUAUUUGUGGCCUGAAUGGUUGUUUUAAAAUGUAAUGUACAUUUUAGUUUUUUAGUUUUACACAGAUGUGCUCCAGUUAUGGGCCUGUUGUGAAACAGCCCCUGCUAAAGACAUCCUCAGUUUACAAAACUGUUUGCAGUAUGUUUGAAAAACAUUAAUCUGAAUUAAAGAAUUAUGCCACCUUUAUUUUUGAUAUGAAAACAGAAAUAAAUAUACUUCAAAAGUAGUGUCCAAUUUUAAUAACUGGAUAACAAUAUAUUGCACAUGAAAAGAUAGAACAAGCAUCGUGAUGACUAAAUUCUUUGUUUAGUUAAAAAAUGGCUCAGGUAUGGAGAAAAUAAACAAACUGUAAACAUUGGCUAAUACAAAGCAGUUUAACUCAUUAAAGUUCAGCUGAUGAGUCUUAAUGGUUUUCUCCACAAGAGGGAGAAAUCACAUAGAAGACUUAAAGGACAUAUAAAGAGAAGAAGGUAACAUAUUACAAAAAAUGUAUCUCUUUAUAUUUCAUUUAACUUCUCAGAAAAAUAUGAUUGCUAUUUGAUUAAUGUAAUAUUUAUUUUUCUAGAGAUCAAUAAAGACCAACUCAGACCUCUUAA